UGUUUAUAAAGUGUACACUAAAGCGAAAAGCCAUGUUAAAUGAUGAUCUUGGAAAUGUAAAUUUGUUAUCACAAGGAUUAACAUGUUAAUGACUGCAGUGUUUAUAGUUUCACAGGUUUAACAAAAAUAGAAAAUACAUGUUGAAGGAAGUGAUGUCAUAUGAGAAUGUACCGUUUGACCUACCUCCUCCUCCAUACACUCCCCCCAACUCGGACACAUUCUCAACCAUCACACACAACAAGUAUCGGGACUCUGUAAUAUGCUCAAAGUGUGGCCAACUGCAUGCACUUAAUGGCACACAUCUAUAUGACUACCACCAGGCGGUGGACAGGGAGCUGACAUGUCACUUGUGCCUGCAGCCCCUUGUGAACCCCAUCAACACAAAGUGUGGCCAUACUUUCUGCUCAACGUGUCUGAAGAGCUACCUGCGGGUACAGGGCCAGUGCCCCCUUGACCUUCACACGCUCUCCAUCAGCGAGUGUCAGAAGUCCAGUCUCAUCGUCAGAAGACUGCUGGACAAGCUACUUGUGGUGUGCCCCAAUGUGGACUACUGUGAGGAAGUGAUGCCUCGAUCUGAGUUGGACUCGCAUCUAGCUCACAGAUGUCGAGGUGCGGUGACGAGGUGCAUCAAGGCGAGCCUAGGCUGCAGGUUCCAGGGACCUCGGAGUGCCCUGCAGAGCCACCUGUGGGAGUGCAGUUACCGGGACCAGAACGCAGGCAAGCACCCAAUAGUGUGUGGAGAAGUAUCGACCAUUGAGAUUGAGAGGGACCAAAGGGAGCUUGGUAUAUCCAUUGUGGGGGGCUGUGACACGCCACUCGUGUGCAUCGUUGUACAGGAAGUGUUCCCUGACAGUGUAGCAGCUAAAGACGACAGGCUCAAACCUGGUGAUCAGAUACUCGAGGUGAAUGGCGAAGAUCUGACUCAGGCUACACACUACCAGGCUAGGAAGGUGCUAUCCCAGCAUUCCCAGAUGUGUCGCCUGACUGUGUACCGGGAGAAGGCAGAGGAGGAGAGACCAAUCGAGAAAGAAGAAAUAUUAAAAAUAGUGUUGACGAAAGUUAAAGGAAAACAGCUGGGGAUAAAGCUUGUUGGAAAAAGACAUGGUCCUGGGGUGUAUAUAUUAAACUUGGUGCCAAAUAGUUUAGCAGUAUUAGAUGGGCGACUGCGUCCGGACGACCGGGUGCUAGAAAUCAAUGGGGUCGAUGUGACUUACAGUUCUCAGGAACAUGCUGCCUCGGUUAUACAGACUAGUCCUGACAAAGUGCAAUUUGUGAUAUCCCGUACAAGUCGCCCUCAGACCCCAGAUCUCAUCCGCUCUACCUCGGAGGCCCUCUGCAGCCUUGACCUUGAUCUUGCAGAAGUCCUCUGGCCAAUGUGCAAGAAGUGUCGUGAACUAAACAUCACCAUCAACAAGGAUGUUCAGGAGUCAUUGGGUAUCAGUAUAGCAGGGGGAAUGGCCAGCCCUAGGGGUGACACACCCAUCUAUGUGACCAACAUCAACCCACAGGGCUGCCUGGGCCAGUCUGAACAAAUACAGAGAGGUGAUGUGCUGCUGGCUAUAAACCAAACCCACCUUCUGGGUCUGUCCCAUCAGGAGGCUGUUGCUCAGGUGAAGGCCAACACAGGGUUGAAGGUUGUGACCUUGAAAAUUGUUGAGGCUCCAGAGACCUGCAUGGGGCCGGGAAACUUCAUUCCAAGCUGGCUGUAUUGGCAGCAACUUCCCAAUGUGUGCCAGACAGUGAAGACUGUGACCCUGCUGCGUAGUCCCACGGGCAGCUUGGGUUUCUCUGUGGUGGGUGGUGCAGACUGUCUCCAGGGAAGCCUACCAGUCUACAUCAAGUCUGUUGUCAUGGAAACACCCGCAUACAAGGAUGGUCGUCUCAAGUGUGGUGACCAGAUACUUAGUGUAAACAAUGUGAGUUUGGAGCAUGUGGCACACAGCAAGGCAGUUGAGAUCCUAAAACAUGCAACUGGAGCUGUGUCCCUGCGUGUGGUGUCAUGGCCUGGAACCAGCAUUUGAUGUAAUAGGAACACAAGGCCAUGAACCAGCAUUUGAUUUGAAAGGACACAAGUCAUGGUCUUGACCCAGCAUUUAGUUGCAGAGACACGUGACUGGAACAAGUUUUUUUGUAACAUGUCAUAGCCUGGAAUGAUUAUUUCAUGUGAUUGACACAUGAUCUGGAAUCUUCUAUUUUCUAAGCAGGAUUGUGCCCUUGCUUGUUGUGUCAUUGUCAAGAACUAGUUUUCAAUGUGAAAUGUACUUUUUGUGUAGGCAUGUUGUUAACAGGUGUGGAACUUGUAUUUUAUUUAACAGGGCUGGUGAGACACCAAGAACAGUUUUUGAAGAAACAUGUCAUAAUCUGGAACCGAUAAUUGAUAUCAGAUGAAUAGUUUCCCUGCUCGUGGUUUUUUUGGCUUCGAAACAGUGUUUGGUGUAACUGGAAUUGUUCUGCUUUAUGAUAGGUAAAAACAGACCACAAACUGAGUGUAUCAAUUUGUUCAUAUGACCCUAGCUUCCAUAGCAAGAUAAAGUGAUGUGAUAGGGUCAUUAAUGAUUACAUGCAAUAAAACUUUUGACCAAAAAGCAAAGGAUUUUGAAAAAAGACAGUCAUCCUUAUUAAAUGUGUGUUGCUUGGUGUAGUGUUCAGUUGAUUAAAUACGUAACUUUAAUAAAUAUUCUAUGGUAUUAUGAUCUCAAUACAAAGGCAUUAUAGAAACAGAGUACCCAUUUUUUUUAUCAUAGUUUGAAAGGAACUAUGACUAUUACUAAUGUUUAUCACCCUGUGGCAAAGCCUAUAUUGUUAAGAAGGUAGUUAUGUACCAAUCCACAGAAAAUUACUGUUAACCAUUAAUUAACACUGUAUAUCAUCACUGUGUUCUUCCUUGAUAUAAACUUAAAAUCCUACAAGGUACCUUCCCAUUCCAUUUUUAGCUCUACUGGCCGAAGGCCUGAAUAGCUUAUGUCAUGGCGUGGUUUCCGUCGUCCGUCUGUGCGUGCGUUAGACUUUUUCUUGUUUACGCGAUAAAGUCCACAGUUUUCAUCCGAUUCUUUUCAAACUUGUUCAGUGUCUUAAUAUUAAUGAGGACUCGAACCCUAUUAAAAAUGGGUUUCAUCAGAGUAAAAAGUCCAGAAUUAUCUCCCCUUUAAUUUGAGAAAAUUGUGAAAUAAGGCUUGUUUACGCAAUUAAGUCCACAGUUUUCAUCCAAUCAUUUCCCAACUUGCACAGUGUCUUUAUCUGAAUGAUGAGUCAAACCCUAUUGAAAAUGAGCAAUAUCGGAGUUAUAAGUCCAGAAUUAUCUCCCCUUGAAUUUGAAUAAAUAAUGAAAAUUCAGUUUUUUUAUGUGAUAAAGUCCAUAAUUUUUAUCCAAUUCUUGGCAAACUUGCACAGUGUCUUUGUAUCAAUGAGGACUCAAACCCUUUUUAAAAAGAGCAAUAUCGAAGCAAUAAGUCCAGAAUGACUUCCCCUUGAAUAUGAGAAAAUUUUGAAAUCCCGCUUGUUUAUGCAAUUAAUUCCACAGUUUUCAUCCAAUUAUUUCCAAAUUUGCACAGUAUCUUUAUAUCAAUUAGUUUAAACAUAUUUAUUUUUUUUUGGCAAGUACAAUAUAUCAAAAUACACAAUACAAUAGUUAUCAGAAAAGGAUUGAAACGGAAGAAAUAAUUCUUAUAGAGUUUCUCUCCUUGAUAUCUUUAUAUCAAUGAGGACUUGAACCCUAUUGAAUAUGAGCAGUAUCGGAGAAAUAAGUACACAAUAAUCUCCCCUUGAAAUUGAGAAAAUUCUCCUUGUUUGCGCGAUUAAGUACACAGUUUCCAUCUUAUUCUUUCCAAACUUGCACAGUGUUUAUAGCAGUAGAGCGAUUCAGGCCCUCAUGGGCCUCUUGUUUCAAUAGCUACACUGGCACAAUAAUUGUUAUAUGCUUUUAUUUUUUCUAAUGACAAAUAUGUUAUUAACAAUAUUGCUCAUUGUAGAGGUAAAUUGAUUGGAGAGAUUUGACAUUUUGUAUUGUCUUAUUUUUAAGUUGCUGUCCUGUAAAAAGUGGCUUUUAAUUGAUUGUGUUUUCUAUCAACAAGAGCAGGUCUCUCUAAAUGUAUUCUGUAGACAUGUAGUAAUAGAUUGCUUAAGUCGUUUUAGGUUUUAAAUCUUGGUUUAAGUUAGUUUUCUUAUAUUGCAGUGUAACUGUUUAUUGUUCAUUGUUAUUUAUUGAAUCUGUCUUGUGUUUUGUUUUAAAUUUGUAUCUUCUGUGCAUUGAAAAUGCUUGGAAACUUCAGUUUGUGAUGAUGCAGGUAAAAUUGACAAAAAAAUACAUUGCACCAUCAUGUGAUUAAAGCCCCAGUUUGCGGAAUAGAUCGUUGUUUUGCAUAUAAAUCAUAUAGCGAGAAAUAAACUUUACAUUCAUUCAUUGAAAUAUAUUUUUUAUCGAGGUCGACAUAAAAAACCUGGUCAAAAUCGGUUUUGAAUUUAUAAAAUAAUUUAUAAAUGACCAUAAAUACAUGCAAUAGGCGAAAAUCAUUGCAGCGUCACGAGCUAUGCAAAUUAUAACUAUAUUUGCUUUCUCUAAACAUUAUUAGCAUAUGGAAGAUAAAUACAUAGAUUUAGCAAAACACUUGCGUUGCAACUCAGUUUCUGUCUGUAACAGAUGUAUUUGCAUUUGUUCAAACCUUCUCUCCGCUAAAUUCGCCCGUAUCUGCAAUUUUGUUUGUUUAUGUAUUAAAUUAACUGUCGAAACAUGAAUAUUAAUUAGGUCGUUUUCUUACUUUACCGUACUUGAACCCAAAAUAAAAAUUGCUAUAUUGUUUGUUUUCAACCGAUUUCAACCGGUUUUUUAGUGAUAUCCUCAAUAAAAACACGUUUUCUUACGAUUCUGCCCAUAUAUAUAUAGCUAUGACUGGGGAUUUUAACCGCUCUGAUUAUGCUUUCAUAAAAAUAGAUACAAAAAUCCAAUAGCAUGACAAUAUAAAUGGGCUUUGCUCUGUGAAAAGGGGGUUUAAUGCAUGUGCAUAAAGUGUCGUCCUAGAUUAGCCUGUGCAGUCUAUACAGGCUAAUCAGAGAUGACACUUUCCGCCUAAACUGGAUUUUUGAUAAGAACGGACUUUUUUACUACAAAAAAUACCAUAAAAGCGGAGUGUCAUCCCUGAUUAGCCUGUGCAGACUGCACAGGCUAAUCUAGGAUGACACUUUACACACAUGCAUUAAACACCUUUUACACAGAGCACAGCCAAAAUCGGUAAUCUCAAGUAGUGUGAAUGUUAUUUCAUAAACUUUGGGCUGUCAGGUAUAUGGACAUUGUGGAGACUGGUGGAAUAUGGGCCGCUACUUUAUCUUUAAUUUACUAGUACCUUGGGUCUAACUAAAGUGGUUGUAAUAAGUGGCUUACCUUGUAGUCUAUUACUAACAUUUAAAAAAAGGUAUAAAAUAGUGUAGUGUGAUGAAAUCUAUGUUCAAUUUUAAACUCCUGUUAUUCAUUCUUUUUCGUGCUUACAAGCACACAAUAGGAAUUUUUUAUCAGAUUUUCAUCGGAAAGACCAAAAUACAGGCUUUGUGUGCAUAAUACAUGGUGCACUCUCGACAACACAUGGCUAGGACUGAGUAAUCUAAGUAUUUAUCAUGAAGAUGUGACAUUUCAGUUGAUAUCAUUUUUACAAUCUUUAAAAACAUUUCCAGCAUUUAGUAACAACUGUUUUACACAUUUGUAAGAAGAUGCGUUAAACACCCUAAUUUUUACGUUGCUUUUAUGUAUUCUCACAUAUAAUAAAUACUUCAUAUGAAAUAUUGAACAUGAAUAAUUUGUAUUUAAGAAAAGAAAAAUUGAAGCAAAAGAUAAGUCAAGUAUUUAAUUUUUGUUGGGAAGGUUUUUGAACCCAUUAUACCUGAACAUUCCAUUUUGUUUCAAAUUGUAUGUUGUUACUGUAUCUUAUUUAAAUUUAUAUCAACUUAUCAAGGUGUUUGUCUUCAUAUAUUAAAUAUACAUUUUUUGGUAGUUGUUACAUUUGAACGCACAAAUCCUUUGAAGUUAUUAUUGGACGCAAUUACAAUUUGGUUUUGUGUCAUCAAAAUAGUGCUUUAUGGGAAUUUCUGUGGUAUGAAAACUUGCAGUAUUUUCUCGAGUCGUGAUGUUUUUGGUCUUGAAGUCUCACUUUGGGUUUCAACGGUUGCAAUAGAGUAGCGGUACACUGUGUCAGAUAUCUAAGACUUAGUUCAGGAGUUUUCUUUCCUAACAUAUUUGACAGGAAAAUGUAUGAAAUAUAGUUUUGAAAUGAAAUAAGUCCUAUGGUAAUGUGUAAAAAUCAAUAAAUCAAACAUUGUUAAGAGUUUUUGUACCAAUUCUAAAAAGUAUCGACUUUUUUUUAUAUUCUUUGUAAUGAAUAAAUAUAUAUUAAAGUCUCUUGGAAAAUGUGUUUGUAAAUAUAAUUGUUCUAUAUUGUUCAAGAUUUGAUUGUGUUCACCCUUCAUUAUCAUAUAAUGUGACUUAUUUUGUAUUGCAAAUUAAAACAUACUAUGAGACAAACCAAUAAAAAUGAAACAAAUACAAA